GAUUGCUCCACCCCUUUACAGCAAUGAGUUCGGAUUCAGGAGCGCAUUGCCGAUACAUAUUAUCAGUUAAAAGCGGAAGUUGUUCCAAAUGUACGUUCGAGGAUCCAGGUGCCGGAAGAACCGCCAUGCGAAAGCAUAUGAAGAAGAAGCACCACCAUUACCAAUGUCCAAGCUGCAGUAAAGGCUUCUUUCUCCAAAUAUCUCUGCACAAUCAUGUUAACAAUGCAUACCACAAAAUGAAUACCUGUAGAGUCUGCAGAACAUCACGCGAUACUGCAGGCGAUCUUCUGGAACAUGUGAAUGCCAAAAAUCACCAUAUUAGUUUACAAGGCAAUAGCACAUCCAGGACAAACGCUUGGAUGGUUGGCGUAUUAAAAGGAGGUCAGAAGGGAGACAAUCUGAAUGACUUCAUGAAGACAAACGUCUUUCCUGACAAAGAGUAUAAGAUGAAAAGCAAGGAAGUCGUGGAACGUCUAAAGAUGUUUGUUCAGCACAACACAGGAUACAAUGUCAAAGAAGUAUUUGUUGGUGGAUCGCAAGGCAAAAAAACUAAUCUGCUGGGCCAUUCAGACGUUGACCUUGUUAUGUACAACAAUCGCUACGGCACCAUGAAAGACUUCCGGGAGAACUUGCCCAAGGAUUUGGAAGCAUUGACGAAUCAUAUGAAGAAGGACUUGACCUGGGCUAAAGAGGUGAAUAUCACCAGGACGACGAAACACGCGGUUCAGUUUGAGGUAGAACUACCUGGAUAUGCACCCAUAAAAGUGGAUUUGCUGCCAGCACCGGAUCUUCUUCAAAACAAAGAACCGGAGGACAUCUACAAAGAAAUGAAAACAAAAUCCGAGGAAGAACGACAGUAUUAUUCUGUAUGUUUUGCCAAGAAGCAAACCGAGUUCGUGAAGUCCGUUUCCCCAAAUGUUAAACAUCUGACAAGACUCGUCAAGUACUGGGCAAAGACUGAAAAUGUCCCAGUCAAGUCAUAUUUCACCGAACUCCUAGUUAUUGAUUCGUGGAAACGUUGGGGAAAACCUGAUGAAUUCCCCAUUGAGGAAAAGUUCCUGUCGAUCAUCCACAGACUGGAAGACUUGUCCGAUUUGAGGAGGAUGCGAUGGAAAGAAAACUACACUACCAUGAAAACAUUUCCCGACCUUCCACCAGAGGGGCCGGUAUUGCUGGAUGUGAUGAACCCGUUUAACAAUGUGGCGCCAACUGGUGAGGAUGUGCGUGAAGUUGAGGAAAAAGCCACCAGUCUUCUCGUCAGAAAACCAACGUGGAGUACAGAGUAAACCAUAUCACAUCAACCAGCCAGGUUUAGUCGGCCAUUUUCCCGAAUAAGGCUUGGUGACAACAUGUCUACUAAUUCGAAACAAUUAUUACUGUACUCGUGAUGUUAUCAUUUUACAUUCAUUAAUUGUUUUUAAUGAACAGCUGUUGAAUACAAACUUUAUUGCCUU